UUUUUAUGAAGAAUGUAUUUUUUUGAAAAUGUCAAUAAUAACAAAAUUCUUUUGUAAAGACAAUGCGGGGACAUACUGUAUUUAUUCUCCUUGUAUGGACAAAUAUUUUAUCUAUCAACGAAUUCAGAGCGUUUAGUUGUAUUUAAAUGCAACGUAGCCUUUUUCAAAAUAAAAUUCGGUGCACUUUUCUUCGCUACGUUAGUUCAGUUACAGCCACAUACAAAAAUGUCUCUUGAUAGGUUUAUUGGUAAAGUAGCUGUGGUCACUGGUGCAUCGGCUGGUAUUGGAAAAGCUACAGCAGAAGCUUUAGUGAAACAUGGAGUAGUUGUUGCCGGAUUAGCUAGAAGAUUAGACCGUUUAGAACAAAUAAAACAACAAUUAAAAAAUGAAAAAGGCAAAUUUUAUCCCUUCAAAUGUGAUAUAUCUGACGAAGACCAAGUCAUUGCUACCUUUAAGAAAAUUACAGACAUCUUAGGACCCAUUCAUGUCCUAAUCAAUAAUGCCGGCGUGGUACCCAGUACAGAUCUCAUCGAUGGUGAUAUUAAGAAGUGGAGACAAAUACUUGACACAAAUGUUUUGGGACUAUCAAUAGCCACUAGGGAAGCAAUAAUCAGCAUGAAAGCCAACAACAUCAAAGGGCACAUCGUUCAGAUAAACAGCGUUGCAGGACACGUUCCCCUGGAUUUUGCAGGACUAUCCCUCUAUCCUGCAUCGAAACACGCAGUUACUGCCCUAACCGAAACUUUGAGAAAAGAGGUUAACAGGAACGGACUUCCCAUAAAAAUAACAAGUAUCAGUCCGGGAUAUGUCAAAACGGAGAUAAUAAGCAGGUUUUCUUCCGAUGAACCUACGACGUACUUCGAAACCAGAGGAGGACUAGAGGUCGAAGACGUAGCUGGUACCAUUGUUUACGUUCUAUCAACUCCAGAGCAUGUUAAUAUCAAAGAAUUGACUAUGAUGGUCCAGGGAUGUGAUUUCUAAAAUAUGUGGGCAAGAUUUUCAUCAUUUUUCAUUUUGUAUAACUAUUUUAAUAAAAAAUACUUAUUUUUUGUAUGUUGUAAAUAAAAUAAUUC